UACAUUGCCCUCACCAUUCUUCUUCUGGAUCCCCCCUCUCUCUGUCUCAGCGACUCCGAGAAGGAGAAGAACAAGAAGCGAUCGAUCGUCAGGUUCAGCAGCGUCGAAGAUCGAGCCAUGAGCGCGUCGGGCGGCGACGUGGAGGCGGGGUUCGCGAAGUUGCAGGGAGAGGACUUCGAGUACUACAUGCAGACCUACUCCAUCAUCCUCGGCCGCAACUCCAAGAAAUCGACGGUCGACGUCGACCUCUCCAGCCUCGGCGGCGGCAUGAACAUCUCCCGCCACCACGCCCGCAUUUUCUACGACUUCUCCCGCCGCCGCUUCGCCCUCGAGGUCCUCGGUAAGAAUGGCUGCCUCGUCGAGGGCGUCCUCCACCUCCCUGGGAACCCUCCCGUCAAGCUCGAUUCCCAGGACUUGCUCCAGAUUGGCGACAAGGAGUUCUAUUUCUUGUUGCCCGUGAGGAGCAUUUUAGGGGGGCCGGUCGGGCCCCGGCACCACGUGGCUGCGCCGGCAGGGGCGUAUGGGUAUCCGCCGCAGCCGGUGGUUGGGGGGAGGAAGGGGAGGGGGAGGGAGGUUUAUGAGGAGGAGGAGUAUGGGGAGGAGGAGGAGGAAGGUGGUGGUGGUGGGAAGAGGGUCAGGAAGGAUGGGUAUGAGGGGGCUUAUGGUGGCUAUGCUGGUAGUGGUUCUGGUGGCAAGCAGGCACUGGUUCCUGCUGAGAAGAAGGGAGACAGCAGAUCAAGAAUUGACAGAGAUGCUGAUAACCAGCAGCUUAUGCAGUUGGAAGAGAAGGAUGUGGUAUCAUCUGUAGCUACAGUAUUGUCCGAUCUUUGUGGUCCAGGGGAAUGGAUGCCCAUGGAGAAACUGCAUACUGAGCUGGUGGAGCAGUAUAGAAGUGUUUGGCAUCACAGUCGAGUCAGGAGAUACCUCACGUCUGAGGACUGGCCUGGCCCGGAAGCUAAGGGAAAACCUUGGUAUGGUUUGCUUAUGUUGCUGAGAAAAUAUCCGGAGCACUUUGUCAUCAACACGAGAUCAAAGGGUCGGGUGACGCUAGAGUUUGUGUCAUUGGUCUCUCUGCUCUCGUGACAUAAUAACUGGAGCUGUUACCACUUGUGGAACCUUCUAGAUUUUCUUGUGUCAAUCUGAUCUGGUGUACCCUUUAGCCAGUGAUUUUAGUACUUAUGGACCGUGUUGAGCUUGUCGCAAUUAACUUGGGUUACAUGUUAGGAUUACUUUUAGCCUUCCCUUUUGUUAGCUUUUUCCUGUAAAUGAUGUUAUUUCUUCGUAAUUUGAUAUCAUCUAUUCUUUUG